CCAAUAUGCUAACACUAGUCAGCUUGGCUGCCCUUGGAUUAGUUAGCGAGCUGAGUGCUAGCUGGCUUAUUCAGACCAGGCAUAUCGCUCCGUGCAGGCGAGGCUAUGGACGGGCUAACCAACAUGGAUGCUGUGUGUGUUCCUUUGAUGCGGUGCCUGGAGAUUAUCCGCUUUAACCACGGUUUGAUUCCCGAGCCGACUGGUAUUUUCUAGUUUCAUCGUUGCCAGUCACGAACCCGGAGCCAUACAUUACCAUCUGUGAGAACAGGUCCCGGGGCGUCAUAUCGAUUCUUGUGGGUAGAAACGUGACUGAUUGAGUCGGUCACGAAUAAAAACAGAGGGAAGACGCCACAGGAUAAAUCCGGAUUUGCGGUCUGUAACCAAGUGAGAGGCUGAGUGAACGAGGGAGUGAGUGAGAGAGAGAGAGAGAGAGAGAGAGAGAGCGAGAGAGAGAGAGGCCAUGGAGCAGCAGAGACAGAGGACUCUCUCCACAUCAGGAGAAUCGCUGUAUGCUGUGUUGGGGGUCGAGAAGAACGCCACGACAGAGGACAUCAAGAAAUGUUACAGGAAACUGGCCCUGAAGUUUCACCCAGACAAGAACCCAGACAACCCGGAGGCGGCAGAAAAGUUUAAGGAAAUCAACAACGCUCACUCCAUAUUGGUCGACGCCACCAAGAAGAACAUCUACGAUAAAUACGGCUCGCUGGGGCUCUAUGUCGCAGAACAGUUCGGAGAGGAGAACGUCAACACCUACUUUGUUCUGUCCAGCUGGUGGGCAAAGGCCUUGUUCGUCUUCUGCUGCCUGGCCACAGGUUGUUAUUUCUGCUGUUGCCUGUGUUGCUGCUGUAACUGUUGCUGUGGUAAAUGUAAACCUCGGCCACCCAUGGACCAGGAGCCCGAGUUCUAUGUCUCCCCCGAAGACCUGGAGGCCCAGAUGACCGCUGACGAGAGAGAUGGCGGCGAGCCCAUCGUCAUGCAGCCAUCCUCAGCCACAGAAACCACCCAGCUCACCUCCGAUGCCCACCAAAGCUACAGGACCGACACAUACUAAACACACACACACACACACACACACACACAACACUUUUAUCCGCAGCAGUAAUUAUUAAUACCACACAUACACACACACCAGCAAACAAUGCAUACCAUCAUUCUGACAGUUAGCAUGGGCUCAUCUGCUCAGCCCAAACUUUUCCCUCUCUCUCUCAAAUCGAGGUGGAAAGAGGGGAGAGGAAGGGGAAAUAAGGAAGGAGGAAAAGAGGAAAUUAAACUGAAUAAUUCUUUAAACGCUGGUUUAGACAGAACACAAACAAACAUGAGUAAUCCUGGGUUAUUCCCAGGCACAGACACACACAAGAGUUCAGCCCAGUUUUAUUAUGCAGCGUCACCUGAAGAGUAACAGAUGAGUUCAUUGUUACACUCACGUCAAAUAUUCUUGAUAACAAUCUUUAUGUCCCAGACACAAUCAAGACUGAGGGUUAAACAGGGACACACCAAAGGUUUCAGUAAUGACUCAUUUACUCAAUAUAAAGCUCAAAAAUCAUGAAAAUUGCUCAACCUUAGCACAGAAACAAAGCGGUAAUGUAAAAGCCUUAAAAUGCUGCUGUCUGGUCUGUCUGGAGACUGAUGUGUGGAGUUUAAGGAGCAGACAACUUGGCAGUUUAGUACUGGGAAGUGUAGUAGUGUAAGUAAGAGAGAGACACUAAAGACCUGCGAUGAAUUUGCUUUUGUCACGUGAAACACAAAUUGUGCCAUAGUCGAUUAAGGCAUACGGUUGGAUUUUCACUCUUUACAUUUACUUUUCUUUAGUGUGUUAUUGUGAGCACCAGCACAGUCCUGAGGAAGAGUGCUGUGGAAAUGACAGGGAGGUGGAUGUUUUUGCGCUGUUGUUGAAUAAAUCUAAAAUGAAGGAAGCCAUAGUGUGCGCUGUACGUAAAGCCCCAUUCAGGCUUUCCACAUCAGUAUCGGUUUUGUCAGCUGCCCAUUUUUGUCAUUCAACAUUUUUGUUUUUAAACAAGGAAUGAAUACCUUGAAGGUUAAAUCAUUGUGUCUAGAACAUAGACAUUUCUAGAUGUUGUUAAUUAGUCACUCAGUAACUUUAGAGAAACGAGCCGUCUCUGUUUGGCUCGCUGGGAAACACAUGUCGAAGCUUCUCUCUCAGCUCCACGCCGGCUAGAAGUAGGUCAGUGAUUCUGUCUGUAUGUUCUGUGAGGAGCUGAUAGGACCGGGUGGGGGUGGAGGUGGAGGUGUUGAUCUGUCCUUAGUACCCUCAUGAACAUUGCCAUGGGAAACCCCCCCUCAAGUAUGAAGAGGGCAGCUCACACUUCAACAGGUGCCGCACUGCUGGCAUCGACUCCCCCUCACCUCUCCUAAACAAAAAGGCUGAAACAGUCUGCCCUCUUCUGAAGUAGAUGACCUUUACAAAGCAACAGGUUAACACAGGAGGAGGUUCCCUAAAGAUUUGAGCUAAUUAUUGAUCAGCACCUUUGGAAUCUGUACAGUUAAUGCUGCAUGAUUAAACCAAACCGGGUUUCAGCUGUCAGUCUUCAGAUUCUGUUGUCUUCCAUAAGGAAACACUGGAAACACUCUGCAGCUGCUGGGCCUCAAUCUUAACCAUCUCUUGCAUGUGUGACAGAUAUCUGAAAAUCAACACCAGUCAACAGACAAGUGAUACCGCUAAAUGUUUAUUGUGACUGUUGUGUUCUUCUCUUCCAUCACAGAACGUCCUGAGCAGUUUCUCUUAUUAUAUAUUGACACAGUAAUCACGUUGCUUCGGUUUCGCAGCAGUAGCAGUAAUUAGUCGUAUUACUUGUUAUUAACACUGCACCAUUGUGGAUUUACUGCGAUCCUCCUCUUCUUUCCAACUUCCUCUCUCCUCUCCUCGUUCACUUCUUCCUCCCUUGUGUGUUCAACUCGAUCCACUUUCUCUUCCACAUGAGGGACGGAGCUCCCUGGUUCACGUGUGUUUAUGCUGUGGGAGCCAUAGAGUCCAGUGUUAUUAGUAGAGACAGCUGUCACCCAGAGGGAUGGUCAUAUACAUAUACACUGAUUGAGCCCCAUCUUUGUUUGUUUUUAGUUUUCCUUUUCGUUUUGUGAGAAAGUAAUGCUGUACAUGUCGUGUAAACUGUAUGUUUAGAUUUCACUGUAUUUCUUGAGUUGGUCGGAAAUUUGAACACGCGUUUUUUUUCCUCUGUUUGUCCCUGUAGAUUUGCUUUUCAUUGUUUUUGUUUUUCUUAUUUAUGUUGUUAAUGAAGGGAGGAUAUUGAUAUCCAAAGUCUUACUUGUUUGUGUGGCAGCAGUUUUGUAGGUUAUACAAUGCUCAUAGCAACAGGGAAGCAGUUUACAACAAUCAGACUGAUUAGUUAGGGCAUCAUUCUUUUCAGGAUAACUUUUUUUUAUAGUUCUUCUUCUAAUUUGUCACUAAUGAGUAGCACUCUAGCUCUGCUAUAAUAGACAAAACAGGAACAUUGUGGUUGUUUGUGUCGGCUGUUUUAAUUUUUGUAUACUGCAUCCAACCAAACAGGCUAAUUUGCUGACUAUAUUUUCUUUGAUUGCUCAAUCAAACAUACACUCAUGUAUUUACACAUAUCAUGAGAAAGUGCAAUAAGAGCUAAAUAAGUCUCUUCUGUUCCAGACAUUCAAUCGCAGUUUUCAGAGGUUUCGGGGAAUGUGCAGGUUCAUAAAAAAGAUCUUCUAAAAACAAAAAAGCCACAGAAGAAUAAGAUGUAGCUGAAUCAAUUUAUUAUGUGUUUUCAUCAUCAAAUCCCCAAAAAUUCUUUGAGGUGUUUGUUCUUUGUUAAAGGGUUUUUAUGAAACCUGCUGAUGUUUUAACCAAAUUUAUCUUCACUUGAUAAGCUUUUGUGCUUCGUGUCAUGUGAUCACUGACCACUGAAAUGCCACAUUGUUAAACCCUAAUCCCUAAUUUCCUCAUUUUUCCUCUAUUGACCAAACAUGCAACAGUGUCUGAGUGAAUGCAGCGUCUGAAAUACAUAAACCUGGAGUCAAGAAACUUCCAUCAUUAGAUCUAAAACAGUGACAUAAAUAACAAGAACGGAUGUGUGACUAUAGCAACCAGAUGAUAAUAAUAUUGAAGCAUUAUUUUAUUUAUUUUAUUUUUCUUAUCUUUUUAAUAAUUGAUUAACGACUAGCUGGUAUGUCAAGGGGAUGUAUAGAAUUUUAGAUGUGAACCAUUUUGACAAUGAAAUGACAAAAUGGCCGACCUGCUGUAUAUACACGCAGUGGCACAGUACAUAGAGAUGUAGAGGUUUUCUGUUUUUAGCAUGGACUAAUAAUGUUUGUGUCUGUCAGGCAGACAUAUGGGUAAAUUAAGUAUCUGAUGUACUGUUGUAAAAUAAAUGUUUCUGACGCUUCAGA